AUGUCGAGUGGUUUUGGAGGAACAAUGAGAUCAGCGACUGCACCGAAUUCAUCAUGUUCUUCGGGGAACCGUUUCAAUAACGAUGUCUGUAAUUUUGAAUGUAACAUUUGUUUGGAUUUGGCUCAGGAGCCAGUGAUCACACUUUGUGGUCAUUUAUUCUGUUGGCCAUGUCUUUACAGGUGGUUACAACAUCGUUCUCAUCCUCAAGGAUGUCCCGUUUGCAAAGGCGUUGUUGAUGAAGAGAAAUUGGUUCCUCUUUAUGGUAAAGGAAGAUCGGCAACUGAACCAAGAAUAGAGAUUCCUCCUCGUCCUUCGGACAUUCACACGUUGUUUGCGCGUUUAGAGCAAAUGCGUUUGUCUUGUGAGGCUACAGAGCAGCGUUUCAAGGAGUAUCGUGAGUCUACAGAGCAGCGUUUCAAGGAGUAUCGUGAGUCUACGGAGCAGCGUUUCGAGGAGUAUCGUGAGUCUACAGGAGAGCGUUUCAAGGCGUAUGUUGAUCAGCGUAUUGAGGAGUUUUGUGUGGCUCAAGAGCGGCGUUUCGCGCUACUUCAGGAGCCUCAACAGCGGCGUUUCGACCGGCUUGAGUGUCGUAUCAAAGAGUGUUGUAUGGAUGCAGAAUAUCAUAUCAAAAAGUGUCGCGCGGAUGCGGAACUGCAUGUCAAUGAGUGUCGCGCAGAGGCAGAGCAGCGUAUCAGGGAGUGUCGUGCGGAUGAAAAACAGCGUAUCAAGAAGCUCCGUGCGGAUGCGGAGCAGCGAAUCAAGAAGCUUCGUGCAGAUGCAGAGCGGCGGAUCAAGGAGUUACGCGCGGUGUGUCGUGCGGAGGCUGAACAGCGUAUCAAGGAGUAUCGUGCGGAGGCAGAGCAGCACGUCAUGGAGCGUCGUGCGGAGACAGAGCAGCUAUUCCAGAUUAUCAACAAUUAG